AUGGCAUCCGCAACCGAGUCGCUUCGCUGGGUCAAGUACGACGGCGUGUACUACGCCUCGCUGGUUGUGCCGGACGACGACGCACCGAUGCCAGUGGAGAGCGGCCAUGUAUUUGUGUACUUUCUUGGCAGCGAGAGCGGCGCCGUCGUGCCGAUUGCCGACACGUCUCCCUACGAUCCGCACGACACGUCCCGCACAAGUCAUCCCGCUGCCGCGGCGGGUGUCCUUGUGGCGCAGCAAAUCAUCGCCGGGGCAGAAGCGGCGGCCCACGAGGACGCAGCAGCGGAAUAUGCAGAGGCGAUGGUGAAGGAUGGCCCAAGGAAGAAGGGGAAGAGUGGUGGAACGAAACAGUCUCACAAGGAGGCGCCGCUCGCCGUGAGCAGAAGGGCGGAGGAACAGGAAGAAGAAGACACGCUGUUGGGGGCAACGUUGACCGUGGAUGAUACUAAACGAAAUAGAAGGCGUCAGGCGGACACCGAGGAUGAGGAGGAAGAGAAUGCCUUGUUGCAGCUUCACUCCCGAAGCGGGGGCAAGAAAACUCGUCUUGAGGAGCAAGAAGAAGAGGAAGAAGAAGAAGUGGAGGAUAGUGUACCAGGUAACAGUGCGGAGAACAAGGAGGAGGAAGAGCAGCGAAGUCGUUGGAAAGAUAUGGCGGAGGAUCUUAACAUCACUACACCCUUACGCGCUAGUGGCGGCAGAGGCAGCCAUGGCAGAACCAGUAACAAGCGGCAAUCUGAGACGUACCCCGCUUCGCUGGAUAGCGGCUCCGUUGUGGGGCCCUUUCUUACGGAGAUACGCCACCAUUACCGCCUGGCACUUGCAGAGGCAGUGGAUAGUGGCCGUAUUGUGAAUAUGCAGGAAUUAGAGCUUGUUCGCCUGGUGGAGAGCCAGUUGCUGCGGUGGCGCGGCGAAGUGGCGUACGUCCAGCAUCUUUUACAGGACGCGGCGACGGAGUACCACGCGGUUGCCGCCGGUCCCGCAGGGGACGCGCAUGGCACCGACGCUACGGUGCUUGAGGAGGAGGCAGCGUCUCUGCGUAGCCGCCUGGAAAGCCUUCAGUCGUCGUUUGAUCUUGAAGAAGUCAUUAAAAAGCACCUCCACCUCCGGGACAAGCCGCCCGAGCGGCGUGAACGCAGGCGUGCGGGAACGUUUGCCGCUGGCAACGUCUCCACCUUCACAGACGCAUCUCUGGCGUUUGUUUUAGACGUGCACGCCUCUACCGCAGUGCCGCGCGAGCUGACGCAUCAGUUGGCACAUCGCUACCGCGAGCAGCGUCUGCGCCGGGAGAAGCUGCUGGCCUCGCAACACGGACUUGGAAAGACCGGGUUCACCGCCCCAGUGGCGCGUGUCAUGGAGAAGUGGCGGCAGUCCCGUGAGGCGAUGGUGCUUGACCCGCGUCGUGAGAGCCAGCCUGUGUCACGCCGCUAUUCCGAGAGCCUCGCCAGGGUGGAGCGGCAUGCACUAAAAUGUCUUUCCGCGGCGAAGGGUCCGGCGAGCCAGUUGGCCUCCCUGUACCGCACGCAGCAAGAACAGCGGCAACAACAGCCACAACGCAUCUCGAAGAACAUCUACAACUUUCACGACUUUCACGAAGAGGAGCAGCAGAUGACGUCCAUGUAUCAGGCGAGCAGCAGUCAUCCUUACAUGUCAGGCGUUGGGAUGCCCAACGACGCCGAUGACGCCGAUGACGCCGCACAGGACACUUUCCAGGCCCCACUUAUCUCGCCGCUGCGCACGAGCUUUGAUCCACGUGCGACCUUUGCUUUGGACAUUGGGGAGAUCAAGCAAGGGAACACGCUUGCAGAGCAACUCGCGAUGCAGAGUAUGCAGUACAGCCACAGCAUUCACCUCCCCUCACAGGAGUCGGUGUGGGAAAGCAGCGAGGCCUACGAGUCUGGGCGGCGAAGGCGCGGGGGGCGAUCAACGAGCCGUGCGGGAUCGACGUCUCGGGCGUCGUCGCGGGCCUCCUCCGUGGUUCGCGAUUAUGCCGACGACGCGGUAAGCAAAACUAACACCAAUGCUAUGACUACUAACAAUAAUAAUAAUGCUGUGAGGACCGGCAACGAGCGACGCUGGCGGAAUGAUUGGCGUGCCUCGGCUAAGCGGGCCAUCCUCGAACAGCUCACACUGUACCUGCGCGGCAUCCGCGGCAAACCCUCACUGCUCAACAAGGACCAAUUUCAACUCAUUGCGAAGAAGCUGCUAGAGCGCGCUGUACGAAGCGAGUCAGAGCGCACUGGCCUUUCCAUGUCUCUUCAAGCCAACAACGCAAACGCCCCGUUUACCAAGGACAUCGAGGCCCGCCUGCGCAAGUCUGUGGAUAACUACGUCAUGCGCCACUUUUUGAAUGCCCGCACCCCCGAGCCACAAAAGCGGAGCCGCGGCGGUGACGCAAGGACGACUUCCCUGGAUCAGUGGGCGGCCUCUGUUCGCGAGACGACGCAGCGGCAGGAAGAUGACGACGAGACGCGUUCCCUCAUGGGCGCGUAUCCGCAUUCCAACAACUCGCCCGUGUAUGAUGAAUGGUGA